AUGGCACCCUCAUCAGAUAUCCCACCUCCAUAUGAACAGCCUGCGAAGCCCAGCGGGCUCAAGGUGGACAAGCCAAAUUUCAUCAUCUUCAUGCCGGACCAGCUUCGCUACGACUCACUCGGCUGCAAUGGCAACAAGACCGUAAAGACGCCCAACAUUGACCGCUUCGCGGCCGAGGGCACCCGCUUCACAAACUGCUUCGUCCAGGCCUCCGUCUGCACGCAAUCGCGGUGCAGCAUGUUCACGGGCAACUACCCGCACGUCACGGGCCACCGCUCCCUCGAGAACCUCAUCAAGCCGUGGGAGCCCAACCUCUUUCGUUCGCUCAAGGAAAAAGGAGGGUACCACGUCGCGUGCCUCGCGCCGAGGGGCGAUACCUUUGCGCCGACGGUGACGGAGCUGUCGCUGGAUGAGUAUGGGUUCCUCGAGACGCCCGAGUUCGUGCCGCGGUUCGCGGGUGGCGGGAACAAGGAGCCCGAGGAUAAGGAAGAUAUCUGGAAGAGGCUGUUUUACAAGGGAUUGAGGAACAAUGAGGAGGCGAUGGAUUAUGAUGAUGCUGUUGUCAAGGGCGCGUUGAAGUGGUUGGAGUGUCCGCCGACGGAUAAACCUUGGGUUUUGUUCAUGCCGCUUAUUUUCCCGCAUUGUCCUUUUCAGGUGGAGGAGCCGUAUUUUUCAAUGUAUGAUCGCGGUGAGAUGGGUGUGCCUACGAAGCCAGACGAUAAGACCGGCUACGAGCCUCGCUACAUGCAGCUCAACCGCGAGCGCUAUGGUACCCACCGCGCGACGCCCGAGAUCUGGGCCGAGGUGAUGGCGACCUACUACGGCAUGAUCUCCCGUCUCGACGACCAAUUCGGGCGCGUCGUGGACAAGACGAAGGCGCUGGGCUACUGGGACUCGACGGUGACGCUGUUCUUCACGGAUCACGGGGAGUACCUCGGCGACCACGGCAUGAUUGAGAAGUGGCCGUCGGGCCUCUCGGACUCGCUGACCCACGAUUCGCUGCUUGUCGGCGGCUGCGGGCUGCCGCGGGGCGUGGUGUACGACGAGAUGGCGGAGAUGGUGGAUCUAGUCCCGACGGUGCUGCAGUUUGCGGGUAUCGGGGAGCAUUUUCCUCACUGCGGCGUCUCGCUCGCGGAGGUGUUGACCUCGGCGGACGCUACGAUGAAGCACAAGGAGUUUGCCUUUUCCGAGGGCGGGUUCCUGACGAGCGAGGAGCCGCUGCUGGAGCAGGCGCCGUACCCGUACGAUAUCAAAGCCGCCUUGCAGCACGAGGACACGACGAUUGUGGGCAAGAGCGUGGCGUGCCGGGACAAGGAGUGGACGUUCGUGUAUCGGCUGUACGAGCCGGCGGAGCUGUAUGAUCGGACUGGGGACCCAGGGGAGCUGCAUAACCUGGCUGAGGUGGGCGAGUAUCAAGAGGUGAGGAGGCGGAUGGAAGGGGUUGUGUUGCGGUGGAUGGUGGCGAGUAGUGAUUUCUUGCCGUGGCAGAAGGACCCGAGGUUUCCUGCUGUGGAGAUGGAGAGUGUUGCGGAUCAGUUUAGGAGACGGGGCGGACGGUUGGAGAAGGACUUUGAGUGCUGA